AUGGCAGAGCCGGCGGCGCUGCGCCGCGCGCUGCGCGGCUGCGAGCUGGGCAGCCGGUGGCAGGCUGCCUUAGCACUGCUGUUCCACCGGCCCCAGGCUCUCAGCCUGGUGGCCUGCACUGCAGUCUUGGGCGCCUGCGGAAGAUGCGCGCAGUGGCAGCUGGCGCUGCAGCUGCUGCCGCUGAUGCGGCGCGCGCGGGUGCGCGUGGACGCCGUGGCCUUCAACCGGGCGCUGGAUGCGCUGAAAGCGGGGGGGCGAGGUGUGGAGGCCCACCGCCUGCUAUUGGCGAUGCCCAAGGCGAAGAAGGGGCAGCAGGUGGUUGCCUACAACACCACCAUGGGGGCCUACAACUCCCAGCAGAGCUGGCAGCAGGCCCUUGCGCUAUUCGCAGCGAUGAAUCGCCAGACGCUGGCGCCCAGCUUGGCGAGCUUCCUCGAGGCUCUGAGGGCGCAGCGCUCAGGCCACCAGUGGCAGCAGGCCUUGGCGCUGAGGCCCGGAAGGCUCUGGAUGGAGGCCUGCAAUGCUGCGCUGGCGGUGUGUGAGGCGGCUGCCCAGUGGCAGCAAGCGCUCCACCUGGCAAAACAAUUCGGGCGUCCCCACGCAGCCCUCGACCGCGUGGGGCAGAACACCCUCCUCAGCGCCAUGGCACGAGGAGGAGCAUGGCAGAAGUGCCUUGAGCUCCUCAAGUCGGGCCUUCCGCCCGACGUGGUGAGCUUCAACAGCGCGCUGCGGGGCCUCGAAGUGGCGCGGUGCUGGGACAAGGCGCUGGCGCUGCUGGCGGCCAUGCCAGCGCCCAAUGUGAUCUCCUUCAACACCGCGAUCAGCGCCUGCGCAGACGGAGAAGGAGAUCACUGGCAGUGGGCGCUGGUACUGCUCGAGCGCCUGCAGGCUUCGCUGGCACCGGACCUGAUCAGCUUCAACGCCGCGUUGGCCUGCGCUGCCGCGGUGGGGUUUAGGACGCCCUGGCGAGCUGUGCUGGUGCUGGUUGAGGAGAUGGCGUCUUUGUCGCUGGGCGAUGGCACCACCCUCUCCACGGCGCUCACUGCCUUAGCCUCGGCCUCAAAGUGGCGGCAGAUGCUGCGGCUGGAGGCCGCUGCCGCUGGUCCCUUGGAACUGCCGGCGUACACAGCCUUGGCCAGAGGCGCCGAGUGCGCCGGCGCGCCGGCGCUCGCCCGCGCGCUGAAGCCAGUGGCCGCGGAGGCGCGACGCUUGCUGCGCGCCGGUGAGAUGAGCGCUGUCUUUGGCGCGCCGAUCCCGUUCGCAGCCGGUAGCCUCGCAGGCAUGUUGCCGGGCCAAGAAGGCGCGCGGUGCGCGCCUGCGUGGGCGCUGACCAAGCAGCUGCAAGGUGGCAGUGUGAGGCAGAUGGCGCUGCGCCCGUCAAGCGCGCGGGAGCUCCUGGAGAGGCGAGCUGAACCGAGCGGCAAAGCGGCGUCGGGCAGCUUCGGCGGAGCCGGCCUCGUGGCUGAAAGGGCCAAGGUGCGGUUGGCGGUCCUCUGGUGCAAGCUGGAGGCUCGGGAGUCCCUGGACUUCCCGAGCCUCGGCAAGCAGGCCGAGGGCAUGAAGCGGACCAACCCUCUUUGGACGCUGCCCAAGGCUGGUCGCGACGAUGUGAAGAAGGUCUUCAUUUCCAAGAAGAUGCCGCAGGACCUCCUGGGCCGUGGCUCCCCAGGGGCCAUCUACGAGCCCAAGCGCGUGCGCACCACGCCCUCCUGGACCUUCGGGGUGGCGGACCGGCCUGGGCCAGGCAAGGCAAAGUAUCCUGAGAGCUCCAAUGAUCUCACGCAGGUUACGCCGGACUCCCAGCCGUUCAAGUACGGCGACCCCACGGCCGCUACAAUCGGCACGUGUCCCCGAGACGCCGUGGGCUCAAUGUUUGUGCUGCCAGUCGCGUCAGGUUCAUGA